AUGGAUUCUCAAGAUAACGGCACCGUCAAGUCCAAGAAGGGCGGCAAGGGUAACUCUGCUGCGGCUGGCGGAGACGCGCCCGUCAUUUCUCAGGCUGACGCCCGCCUUCUCGUCGAACUCCUCGUUUCUUGUGGCAAGUCUGGCAACGGCGUCAAACCUGAUUGGAACCAUCUCUCCGAGAAGCUGGACAUUGCCAGCGGUGGCGCCGCGGCCAAGCGAGUUGAGCGCCUCCUUAAGCGCUUCGACUAUAAAAUGAGCGACAUCACCGGCGGCAAGAUGCGAGGGGGCCCCAGCCCCAAGAAGACGGACUCAGCCACUUCGACCCCUUCGGGCCGCAAGCGCAAGGUUAAGCAGGAAGACGACAUUAGUCCCUCUGCUAAGCGCGCCACGUCGGUCCGAGCUAUCAAGAAAGAAGUUUUCGAGGAGGAUGAUGACGACGCCUAUUCCGCUUAG